AUGGCCCGUACAGACGUGAGCCCUGAUGACACGGAUAUCCCUGAUUCAGAGUCUGUGGAGCCUUAUGAUACUGAGGUCUCUGAUUCAGAUGCCGACUCUGAUCUUGAGAGUGUGGAAAGUCCCUUCAAGAGGCUUGUAAUCGCAGCAAGCGGAAGAAUCCCUAAAUACACUCACGACGAAAUCCAAAGAAUUGUUCAGGAAUGCGGCGCCAAAUUUAAAAAGUUGGAUAUGAGCGCAUAUACGCACCUCAUUACCACCGCCGGAUGGUACCACAGUCCAGCUGUUCCCGCCAAAAUCACGGAGGCUCAGCGAGUUAAAACCUGCGAUAUUGUCUCCAUUCACUGGUUGCUGGCUUCUUCCGAGGCUAAAAGGCCUCUUGCUACGAACGACUUCCUGAUCCGGAUGCUGGGUUCAAAACGCCCAGUACCAACCACUAGCAACUCCGUUUCCAAUCCAAGUCUCAAGCGCAAGCUGAGGUCCAGUUCAAUUGAGAGUGAAGGCCGGCGUACCAAAGGUGGAGCGGAUAUGGUUAUGGCCAAUCUUGACAAGCCUUUGGCUUUGGGUGAUAAGGAAAUUCCUGCUAACGGCAGAAAGGAGCCUGCAGUCUGGGUUGAUGAUGAGAAUGUGAUCUGGGAUGCCACAUUAGUCGAACUUUCGGCUCUGGAUGGGAUCACAGAUCCAGCGAAACCUUCGGCCAAGAUCAUCCGAAUUCAACUUAUCAUUGAUUCCCACGAAGAAACGUAUCACACCAUCAUUUGGGAGAUCUCUUCAGUCGAGACACCCACAGAUACCCGCAAAGGUGACGGCCGUCUGCUAUGCGCCAUUGCUGAAUUCGAAGCUGCUUUCAAAAGGUUCACCGGUCUCACCUGGGGUGAGCGUCAACAACAGCCGAAGAAAGGGAAAGCCAUUUUCAUUCCGCUUGGCAGCAGCGCUAGUCAAGGAAAGCUGGACUGGGGAGCGCGCAGUGCUCUCACCAAGUUUGCGAAUCUAGGAAAUUUACCCGCUGGCAAAACUCUCCCAUCGAAGCCGUCUGAAGUGGCCUGA